CAAUCCUCUUCUUCCUCUCUUCCCCACCCACUGUGAAGAGAAGCCGUGCCUCGCGCGGGUUGUAACCCCUAAAAGAAGCGUCUUCCUGCGGACAGGCUCCUAGAUGCUGAGUUGGAAGAGACCUUAAAAGCCCCGGGAUCCCACACAUCGUUUUACUGGUGAGGACACCGAAGCCUCGAGAGGCCAGGGUGAUGUUGAGCCAAUAUGGACACGGACUUACUGACCCUCUGUAAAUGAAGGAAACUUUUUGACAACAGGAACUGCUGACUGUGCCUGGCACCUUAUUUAAAGAUGUCUGACAAGACCAAGAAAAAAGCAGCUAUCAAAGCUUCAAUUAUUGAGCAGCUACUGACAGAAAAGAAUUUCCAGGAUCUUGGAGAUCACCUGACUGAAUUAGAAACAAUUCAAAUAAGUAUAGAGCAUCUCCAAGAGACAGAUGUUGUAAGAGCUGUAUAUAGAGUUUUGAAACAUUGUCCUAUAGUGAUUUUCAAAAAGAAAGCUAGGUGUUUACUUUCUAAGUGGAAAACACUUUAUAAAAAUCACUACUUUCAGCCAAUAAACAGUUCUAAUUUUUAUCUUGAAGAUAGUAAGGAAAAAACUGAACAUGUUAGUCUAGGUCAAGAAGAAAAUUCCCCAAACCAAAGUCAAGAACAGACACUAGACAUAGCAAAUUCUAACUCUGUGUUACUUUCCCAAGAUGUUGCAAAAGAUAUUAAACUAUUUGUGCCAGAAAACAGUGCUGCUCCAGUGGAAGAACAUUCAGAAGACCCUAAAUCUAUUAGCAGCAAAUCAACUUGGCAUCAAGAUCCUACAAGAGCUAAAUGUGUAGAACUUCUUUAUGGAGCCUUAGUCUCUUAUGCCACAGAUCAGCAAAAAACUGAUCAUUGGCAAAAAUUGGCAAAAGAAAUUGAGGGGUGUAUUUUUGCACUCUAUUCAAAAAAUCUUAAAAAAUAUAAAAACUGUAUCAGAAGCAAAUUGUCAAAUUUGAAGAAUCAAAAAAAUUCUCAUUUACAACAAAAUCUGUUUUCUGGGACCUUAUCUCCAAAAGAAUUUGCUGAAAUGACAGUCAUGGAAAUGGCAAAUGAUGAAUUAAAGCAGUUGAGGGCUUCAUACACAAAGUCCUGUAUACAAGAACAUUCUCUUCCUCAAGUGAUUGAUGGCACACAAACAAACAAAAUAAAAUGUAGACGCUGUGAGAAAUUUAAUUGCAAGGUCACCAUGAUUGCUAGAGGUACACUUUUCCUCCCAAGUUGGGUUCGCAGUGCAAACCCAGAUGAACAAAUGAUGACCUAUGUCAUUUGUAAUGAAUGUGGGGAACAAUGGUAUUAUAGCAAGUGGACUUGCACAUGAUUGUGAAGAAAUAUUAAUAAAUUUUAAAAGCUAAUUUUUUUAUAAAGUGUUUGAGAAACAUA